AUGUCUAAAUGUGAGCUGAUCGAGCUGAAGGACCUCAGUGUGAAUGAUCCCAUUGAGCUGGCUGCUCCGACCAUCCACGUGGCCCCUCCGCCUGUAAACCCGGGUCACCCCAGCCCCUACCAUGUGGUCCGUCUGGUGGGAGACAGCGUCAGCAUUGAGGCGCAUCACGCCGGAGAGGCCGGCGUGGGCCACGACUUCCAGCCCUACAGUCACACACACCUGACCUGGUGUGACCUGUGUGGAGAAUUCAUCUGGGGUCUCUAUAAGCAGAGUCUACGCUGUGCCAACUGCAGUUACACUUGCCACUACCGCUGCCGGCCGUUCAUCCAGCUGGACUGCAGCACGGAUGGAAGUUUGUUCGCCGAGCAAGUAGAUGACGCCGUGGAGACCGACACAAACGUGGAUGAGAAGAUCGAGUUGGGUAAACAGGAGUUGGGUGCUGCUGAGAUUCAACAGAGAGUCAAGGAGUACAACGCUCAGAUCAACAGCAGCCUCUACAUGGUGGACAAUAAAGACGGCUCCUACACUGGCUUCAUCAAGGUCCACUUCCAGCUGCUCCGUCCCAUCUCCCUCCCUCCUCCUCAGAGCUCGACACAGGAGGACGACCAGCAGGGCAGACGCAUGAGACGGCGGACGUCUUUCUACCUCCCCAAAGACGCUGCCAAGCACCUGCACAUCAGCUCCGAGACGAGGGUGCGAGAGGUGAUCGAGGCGCUGCUCAACAAGUUCACCGUGGUGGACAAUCCGGCAAAGUUCGCCUUGUUCGAGCGCACGGAGAGACAAAGUCAAGUGUACAUGCGUAAACUGUCCGAUGAUGAACGUCCUCUUUAUCUGCGCUUGUGUGCUGGACCCAAUGAAGCGGUGUUGAGUCUGGUUUUGAAGGAGAAUGAAACAGGGGAAGUAAAUUGGGAUGCAUUCAGCUUUCCUGAGCUGUGCAACUUCCUGCGAAUCCUGCAGCGUGAGGAAGAGGAGCACGUACGGCAGAUCGUGAAGCGCUACGCUCUGGCUAGAGACCGGAUGAAGCAGGAGAUGGCUCGGAUAACUACCCCUGGUUGACGCCGAGACGAUCUCACAUUUGAACAUUAAAAAAAAACCUUCUGCCUUGAAAAAUAUCACAGAUCAAUAGUAAAACUGACAGCAAUGUAUAAGGGAAGGAAAGAGCUCAGGCAAAUUGAAUCUAGGUUGUUAACAUAGCAGGGAUGCUGCUGCUACAUUUAAUGUGAACUACCUAAAGGAGCAGCUCGUGUUGCUUUGAACUGGAUCGGCACAACACAUAACGGGUUCUAAUUUGUUUAGAAACCAUGCUGCUUGAUUAGAUUAUUUAUAGUGAUAUUAAAGAAACAUUUUUAGGUUUUUCUUGUAAUUUAUCGGGUUUAUCCUCUGGUCAUUUUGUGUGAUAUUUAGGUUUCUGUAUUGUUUUAUAAUAAACAUUUGGCACUUUAAUAAACCUGUGAAAUUGAGUCAGGCAAGUUAAAAUGUGUUAAUCUAAUAAACAAUGAUAACAAA